GACAGUUUAUAAAGCAAAUGAGUUCAGGGGCAGGGGUAUAGCAAGCAAGGAUACCCCCAUCUACAGAAUACAGACAGGUCUUAAUCCAAAUAUGUCAGACACAGAAGAAGUUGAAUAUGAGGAGCAGGAAGGUGCAGCUCUAGAACAUGGGGAGGAAGAGGAGACAAAACCAAAGCUAAAAACUUUUCUACCAGCAUUGGUACCUCCCAAAAUUCCUGAUGGGGAGAAAGUGGACUUUGAUGACAUUCAUCGUAAGCGCAUGGAAAAAGACCUGGCUGAGCUUCAGUCUCUGAUUGAGGCGCACUUCGAGAGUCGCAAGAAGGAGGAAGAGGAACUUCAUGCUCUUACCAGCCGAAUCGAAAAAAGACGGUCAGAAAGAGCGGAGCAGAUGAGAAUCCGGGCAGAGAAAGAGAAAGAGCGACAAAACAAGCUGGCAGAAGAAAGGGCACGAAAGGAGGAAGAAGAGGCCAAGAAGAAAGCAGAUGAUGAUGCCAAGAAAAAGAAAGUUCUGACCAGCCUACAGUUCACUGGAUAUAUGCAAAAGACGGACAAGAAAGGAGGACCAAAGAAGCAAACAGAGAGAGAGAAGAAGAGAAAGAUCCUUAGCGAGCGCCGCAAAGAGCUGAAUAUCGAUGAUCUAAAUGCCGAAAAACUCAGAGAGAAAGCCAAUGAACUUUGGAAGUGGAUGCACCAACUCGAGGCAGAGAAAUUCGAACUGCAAUACAAAUACACGCAUCAGAAAUACGAGGUAACUGUCCUGAGGAACAGAGUCAGUGACCACCAGAAGAAUUCCAAAGGGCCCAGGAGCAAGAGGGGCCUGAGGAAAUAAAAAAGCAUCACUGGAGGAGCCUGGACAUGCUUCAGCCCCAGAGAGGCCCACAUGACCUUUGGUCAAUGUAUUAUUAAGAACUAAUGCAAUGACCACAUGACAUUUUCAUCAAUAAUUAAAGAAUUCUGGAAAGAGAUGUGCAUAAUAAACUGAGUCAAGAUUUUAAA